UUUCACACACAAGGAGUUGACUGGACCCACCACUUUCACGGUUCCGCCUUUAAUAAUAGAACAGCAAGAGGAAGACUCGCUUCUAUCUGAUUGAGAAUGGCAGACAACGAGUCCAGCAGCCUGUUUUCUGCUUACAAGAUGGCGAAAUUCAGCCUCUCGCACAGGGUGGUACUGGCGCCCAUGACCAGGUGCAGAGCCUUGAACGGGAUCCCACGUGCCGCUCACGCCGAGUAUUACGCUCAGAGAUCCACACCCGGUGGAUUCCUCAUCACCGAAGGCACUUUGAUCUCUCCCACUGCUUCUGGCUUCCCUCAUGUACCUGGAAUAUACUCUGACGAGCAAGUUGAGGCAUGGAGAAACGUCGUCGAUGCCGUGCAUGCCAAAGGAAGCUUCAUCUUCUGUCAACUCUGGCAUGUUGGCCGUGCAUCUCAUCCCGUGUAUCAGCCUGGGGCGGCGCCGCCCAUUUCCUCCACAAACAAGGCUAUUUCCUCCAGAUGGAGAAUUCUCUUGCCGGAUCAGUCCUACGGCGUGUAUCCAGAGCCCCGACCACUUGACUCUUCUGAGAUACCACAAAUAGUGGACCACUAUCGCCAGUCAGCGGUCAACGCUAUCCGAGCAGGUUUCGAUGGAAUUGAGAUUCACGGUGCACACGGCUAUCUGAUUGAUCAAUUCUUGAAGGACGGGAUCAAUGAGCGAAGAGAUGAGUAUGGUGGAUCCAUUUCAAAUAGGUGCAGAUUCUUAAUGCAGGUAGUUAAAGCAGUCGUUUCUGCAAUUGGAGCAGAAAGAGUAGGUGUUAGAAUCUCACCGGCAAUCGACCACCUGGAUGCCAUGGACUCCGACCCGCUUGGCCUGGGGCUAGCAGUGGUGGAGAGGCUCAACAACCUCCAGCAAGAGCUGGGCAGAAAACUGACCUAUCUCCAUGUGACUCAACCCCGCUACACAGCUUACGGGCAGACCGAGUCGGGCAGACCGGGCAGCGAAGAAGAGGAAGCUCGGCUGAUGCGGACGCUGCGCAAUGCUUAUGAGGGAACAUUCAUGGCAAGUGGUGGAUUCACAAGGGAGUUGGGAAUCGAAGCUGUGGCUCAAGGGGAUGCGGACUUGGUAUCCUACGGUCGCCUUUUCAUCUCCAACCCGGACCUGGUUCAGAGGUUGAAGCUCAAUGCACCUCUCACUAAGUAUAACAGAAAGACAUUUUACACUCAGGAUCCUGUUAUUGGCUACACUGAUUACCCUUUCCUAAGUGGGACUACUGACCCACUCUCACGCCUUUAAUUCUUAUCUUACUUCAAUUAUUGCAUGUAAUAAGGGAAUGUUUUUAUCAUGUAUCUCAAGUAUGAAAGUUUGAAAAAUAGUUUGGAAAUUUCAAAGGAAAUAGAUUUUAGUAAA